AUUCCCGACAGAGCGGACGGUCGGAGCUGCUGGUGGUGCCUCCUCUUUGUCUUUGCAAAAUCUCGCUAAUUUGCUGCAAGAAGCUGGUCGUGUCGUCACGCGAGAGGAAAACACCGCCUGCCUGACAUUUGCUCCAGCCGCUUCGGAAUAAUCAAUUUGCCGCUGUUUACUACGAAAGAAAGAAAGAACGCAUCGGCAGUGCGUAAUAGAUAGUUCACAUGGAGCUGCUCGUGUCCAGUCGGUGGCCGACGACGACCCAGCAGCACUAGCCGCAGCUGACCCGCAUAAUCUGCGAGCUUGACCCUGACCUGGCUUACCCUGAGCUCGGGCUGAGCAGCGAACGAACGAGUGAGUCGAGGCCCGAUGGUGUUGCUGCGCCAACUCAGCUGCUGGUCUCGAUUUCGGCUGGACAGUGCGGGACAGGCGCGCCACGUGCUCUUGGCCGUGUCCAGCAGCAGCCGCGGCGGCCGCAGCAACCAGAGGCGCAGAACAGGCGGCCACGGUUUGGUGCGACGGUGAGAGUCGGUUAAGCGGCAUGGAGAUUGAAAUGGCUAGCUUUUUCGACCUGCACAACCUGACCAAGGGCCUCGAAGGCCCCUCCCGACCUGCAAAGACGCCCACUUGGACGACCCUGAGUCCCACAGGCUCGACAGGUUCCUCGGAUGACGCUGCCGAGCCUUGUCCUUGGUCUCCGGAGUUCAGGCAAACCCUCAGGAUGAGACUGCAGGGCCAGCACCCGCUGAGCGAGGAGAACAUCGCGGGCCGCGUGGCGUCGGCGCCCGCGGCGCCGGCUGCGUCGCGGAAGCGGAAGAUGUGGGACGGCGACCUGGAGGGUCUCGAGGUGAAGUCGCUGCCCGGCGAGCUGGCGGCGCCGAGCGAGCUGCUGCUGCACGACGAGCCGCCGCGCGUCUUCAGCGCCAGCCACGGCACCACGCUGCACCACCUCGAAGACCUCCGGCCCCCCGCCAGCCCCCUCCGCCGCUGCCCCAAGCCCCGCACCCCCGACGGAGUGCUGUCCGGCAGGAUGACGUCGCUGGACAUCGACUACAGCUUGGCGGCCGAUCUCGAUGGCAGUCUGUCCGGCCUCGGCGAGGACAUCAGCACUGCUUCUUAUAAUAUGAGCGACGCGUUGCUGGCGCUUCCGACGGUGCCAGUUUUCAAGCAAGAAGACAACUCUCCAACCAACCAGACAAACAGCAGCAGGCAGCAGAACCAGCGAUCGGCGUCGGCGGAAAUGGACCGAGAGUCUCCGACGAGUCUGCACACCCUUUUCCACUCGCACACCCUGGCUGGGGGCGGCGGAGGCGGCAACGGCGGCGACGCAGGCUACCACAGCCCCCCGGGCGAGCGCCACUCGCAACACGGACACUCGGGCUUGGGCAGCAGCAACGGCGCCAACCAGCAGCCGGCUGAUCAGCUCGGCCUCGAGCGCUUCCAGCGCCUCGACAAACUCAACAACACUGUUGCCGGCGAGGAUUAUAGGUUCCAAUACGUGUUGGCGGCGGCGACGUCGAUCGCCACCAAAAUGAACGAAGAGUCGCUGACGUACCUGAACCAGGGCCAGUCGUACGAGAUCAAACUGAAGAAGCUGGGCGACCUGUCGGCCUUCCGCGGCACCAUCCUGAAGAGCGCCAUCCGCAUGUGCUUCCAGGAGCGCCGCCUGCAGUACAUGGAGCGCGAGAAACUGGCCGCGUGGCGCCAGUCGCGGCCCGGCGAGCGCAUCCUCGAGCUCGACAUUCCGCUCUCCUACGGCCUCUGGGACGCCGUCCAGGACCCUGAGCACCUCAACACCGUCGAGUUCUCCUGGGAUCCGACCAAGGAGGUCGGCGCCUACAUCAAGGUGCACUGCAUCAGCACGGAAUUCACGCCGAAGAAGCACGGCGGGGAGAAGGGCGUGCCGUUCCGCAUCCAGGUGGAGACGUACUCGCAGGGCGACGGCAGCACCGUGCGCCGCCUGCACACCGCCGCCUGCCAGAUCAAGGUGUUCAAACUGAAAGGCGCCGACCGCAAGCACAAACAGGACAGGGAGAAGAUCCAGAAGCGGCCCCUCUCCGAGCAGGAGAAAUACCAACCCUCCUACGAGUGCACCGUCCUCACAGAUGUGUCUCCGGAAACUACUAUUUUAUUUCCCGCGGGCACGUCCUGCGCCAACGGCGGCCUGGUCAGCAACUUUGGUCCUAAUGACAAUAUGCAAAUCGACGGCAGUCCGAGCAGUUUGGUCAAGGAGGAAAGCGCUGCGUGCAACACCACCAGCGGCACUCUGCCCAACCAAAGCGCCCAGCAGCCCCAACAGCCCAUCACUGAGUACCUUGAGGAAGUGCCGAUCAGUGCUGUCGAGGUGUUCAUGGAGCCAUUGCCGGCGGAGGCGAGCGCCACGCAGACGGCGCAGUGGCUGCAGACGCACCGCUUCGGCCACUUCCUGCGCACCCUCAACGGCUUCAGCGGCGCCGACAUCCUCAGAUUGACCAGGGAGGACAUGAUUCAAAUCUGCGGCAUCGCUGACGGCAUCCGCCUCUUCAACGCACUCCAUUCCAAGUCGGUCAUUCCGCGUCUGACGCUCUACCUGUGCCAAGAGGGUGCGCAGGUGUACCACGCCCUCUACCUGCACUCGCUGCAGCGCACGGAGAUGACCUCUCGGCUGGCCGAGUUGGUCGGCAUCCCGACGCCCAGCGUCAUUGACGUCUACCUUCAGGGUCCGAACGGCAUCCACAUAUACCUGAACGACCAGGUGGUCGCUAACCUGAAGGACGAAUCCAUGUUCUUCGUCGAGAUUUUAAACGAUGGUUCCAGCGAAAACAAUUAUCGCCUUCUGCUCAAAAGCACGAGUCCGCAGCAGCAGCAGCAGUGAUUUGUGAUGCAAGAGCAGUGUCUAAUUUAAAAAACUCUUUUUGAGCCGAAGCGGAACUCUGAAAAAGUGAUCAAAAAUGCUCAUCGCUUGCCAACGCAAAGUGUCUUUCCGAACAAAGUGUGGGGCCAAGUGACAGAUUUUGUGCAACACGAUCUAUUCUUAGAAUGUAAAUUAAUUAAUUUGCCAUAUCACUGGUGACGGGCGGGCUGUGAAAUUACAUAAUUAAUUCCGAAAAGUGCCUAUUUUCAUUUUUUUUCACAGCCCUUGUGACUGGGUUUUCACAUCACCAAAAGAAAGCUUGCUUUUAAACAUAAGUUUGCAUUUUUUAUUGAAUCGUUUCUCAAUAUAAAAAAUAUAUAUUUACACGGAUCGAAGAGAGAAUUUACAAAGUGGACGCGUACUUUCGCACAAUGUCUCUGUAAAAGUCGAAGAGGAAGUCGGACGCCUGCCUGCACUUUUCCAAGCCAUUGUUGUACGUCUGCACGGGAAACGUGCCCGAAGUGUACGACGCGAUCACGUUUUUGUUGAUGCUGUCAAAGGCGAACGUCAGGCUCGCUUUGCACUCCUGAAACAAAAAUCAAUAAUUAUAUAGGUUGUUUAAAUGAAAAAAAUGUACGAAUAAAUAUAUUUUCUAGACA